UGUGUUGAUUCUUUCAAAAUGAUUCUCUAGUUUCAAAAAUAAACUAAUUUAAAACAAAAUAAACACUAAACAUUGAUUAAAAUAUUUACAUCACUGCCCAAGAACAGGUCGUAACUUCUUUAUUUUAUUUAUUUUUUGUCGAAGGUCGUAAUUAAUUCAAUAAUGUUCUUUAUUACCUUUUCUAAACAAUAAUCAAAAGGCUAAUAUUAUGAGACUUUCCUAGGAAAUCUAGUUAUAGAUUAACAAAAAUUUUGCUCAGUCUGCUCACAACAUCCUACUGAUUUUAGAGAGCAAAACCGUUACAAUGCUUCAUUUCUUCAACUUCAAUGAGUGGAAUUUUCUUGUCUGCUUGAUAAUCUUCUUUUUACCAGUUCUGCUCUUCUUGAUCCGCCGGAGUUCAUCAAACUCGAGUCACCGUAGGCUUCCUCCCGGACCAAAAGGAUGGCCUGUAAUCGGCAACAUGUUCGACCUUGGCACAAUGCCACACAGGACUCUCACUGACCUAGGACACAAGUUCGGCCCCGUAAUUUGGCUUACACUUGGUGUGAGAAACACUAUGUCAGUUCAAUCUGCCAAGGCAGCUGCAGAGUUUUUCAAGAACCAUGACCUCUCAUUUGUAGAGCGCACAGUCAACGAAAACGCUAGAGUUCAUGACUACCACAAAGGUUCCCUGGCAAUGGCCCCGUACGGCACACACUGGCGCGUGAUGAGGCGGUUAGUGACAGUGGAGAUGGUGGUGAACAAACGCAUCAACGAGACGGCUUUCAUAAGAAGAAAGUGCAUAGACAACAUGCAGUUGUGGAUUGAAGAGGAAGCGUCCAAAGUCAAAGAAGGGCGUGGGGUUCAUGUGGCGCGUUUCGUGUUCCUUAUGACUUUCAACCUUCUUGGCAACCUCAUGUUGUCUAGGGACUUGGUGGAUCCGAAUUCGGAAGAAGGGAUGGAGUUUUUUAAAGCAAUGAAUGGACUGAUGGAGUGGAAUGGGAGUGGCAACGUGGUAGAUUUUUUUCCAUGGCUGAGGUGGCUUGAUCCGCAAGGCUUGAAGAGGAAGAUGAAAAGGGAUCUUGGAAAAGCUAUACAAAUUGCCUCUAAGUUUGUCAAAGAACGCUUCCAAGAGAGGGAGUUGGGUGGAGAGAAAACUAAGGACUUCUUGGAUGUGUUGCUUGAAUUUGAAGGCAACGGAAUUGACGAGCCAGCUAAAAUCUCUGAUCACGAUCUCAAUAUUUUCAUACUGGAAAUAUUUAUGGCUGGUUCAGAAACAACAAGCAGCACCACAGAAUGGGCAUUGACCGAGCUGUUAUGCAACCCGGCAACGCUUGUCGAGGCGAAAGCCGAGCUCAAUCGAGUAAUAGGUCCAAGCAGAAAGAUUGAAGAGAGUGAUAUCGACAAUCUUCCAUACUUGCAGGGCAUAAUCAAAGAAACACUCAGAUUGCAUCCACCAAUUCCUUUCCUAGUACCAAGAAAGGCAAUGCAUGACACCAGUUUCAUGGGGUACUUUGUACCCAAAGACACACAGGUGUUUGUGAAUGCUUAUGCAAUUGGAAGAGAUCCAGAUGUGUGGUGUGAUGAGCCGACGUUGUUUAAGCCCGAGAGGUUCAUAGGCUCAAAGACUGAUUACAAGGGGCAGAAUUAUGAGUUGAUUCCGUUUGGAGCUGGGAGAAGAAUGUGUGCCGGUGUGCCUCUGGCUCAUAGAAUGCUGCAUCUUACAUUGGGGACGUUGCUUCACCAAUUUGAUUGGUCACUGGAUGCAAAUGUUACUAGAGAAACCAUGGAUUGGAAGGACAAUUUGGGGAUAACAAUGAGAAAAUCUGAGCCAUUGCUAGCAGUGCCCACGAAGUGCUUCUUAUAGGGUUUGAUCAAGACUUUUGA